UGUAUGUUCAAAAUGCGGAAAUAAUGAAGGCAAACGUAAAUAUGAUGCUUUUAUUGAUGUAGUGCGCUUAUGUUUAAAAAUAACGUUAUAUCAUCCGUAGCAUUGCAAUGCUGUAUUUUCUUUGAACAUAAAUGCGAGAGUUGCUUUUUUGGCAAUUCGCUAUAUUUAAUAUGUACAGUGGACUUCUCCCGUCGGGUCUCAGUGAGGCUGAUCUGAGCUCGGACGAAGAUGGUGAUGAAGGGGUAACAGAAGAAAGCAGACCAGGAGUGACAGAAAUAAACGAGCACGUAUCACGUCAGUCAGUGACAGAGUCACAUUCGACUUGUGUGCAGCUUGAAUGUAAGAACACAACAACUGAUUUGCAGAAUGAUGCAUUUGGCGAUGACUGUCCUCCUGGAGUUUCUCUGGAUAAGUGGCAAAGAUUCAAAGAUCUCCAGAGAGCAAAAGAUGAUCAGAGAAUGAAGCAACCUCAAACAAAACGGCAAAGGAAAAAGCGCCACAAAAAAGGUGGGACUCCAACACAGAACUGCGAUACAGAGCAGAAAAGAGAGCCUGAAGAGAAACGGGAGGAGCACUGGAAGGAGCUCACGCAGUAUUUUGGCAUCAGUGAUAGAUUCAAGCCGCCUCCUUGUAGCAGGCCUCCUCUGAUGUCAGGACUGGAAAAGAGCAUAGAGAGUGCCAUCGCUGAAGGGGACUAUGGGAAGGCGGACGAACUGAGUGACAGACUUGCUACUCGAGAGCUUGCCGUGAAAAUCGCACAAGCCGCCGAUUGCCGUGACUUCGCCCGCACCAAACAGGAAGCGGAGGCUUCCCGGGCAGCUCAAAAGAGGAGGAAACAAAUCACUUGGGGGUUUGAAGCAAAGAAAAGGUGGGAAACCAAAAGCAAUAUGGGAUUCAUGUGACAUUCACCACAGUUGAAAUAUUUAUAAUUGUUUAUAGAGGCAAUCUAUAAUUUCAUUGUCUCUGUUUAAUGCAUUAUUUUUGCAUUUAAAUUUCCUGUUUUUUGUCUUCAACUGACAUCAGCUUUUCUGUUAUGUGGUCAUUCAUUCAGUUUUGUGGGUAAUUUUUUUUUUAAAAGAACUAAAUAAAUUUCCUAAACACACCA